CUUCAUUUCAAAUUCGUUUAGACUAUUGUGACCACUUUGUUCACGUAUUUCUUCUCGUCGUCCUAUUUCUGGCCCCUUCGUCCUUCUGACCUUGAAUAUUUGAGCUGCUUCGCGAGACCCAGCCCCUACGAAUCGCAACAUGGCCGAAUUAGCUAUUGGGGGUGUAUCCUUCUUUUUCCAGGUGUUUGCCGGAUGUAUCCAAGGCUAUGAGUUGAUCGCGGAUGCGUGUCGUUUGCGGGAUGACUGCCAGGCUCUUCUUCUGAAAUUCAAGAUCGAGGAGCAUCGACUGCUCAAUUGGGCUAAACUUGUUCAGCUCGAUUACCGAGAUGACAAGUUAGUUCUUAAUCACCUAUCGAAGGGGUUGAUCAUCAACAUCAUGGAGCAGCAACAGAAGCUCCUGUUCUCGUUCGGCCGCCUCAACAAGAAGUACGAGAGACUCACAGACCCCCUGCUGGUAGAAGAGGUUCAAGAGUUUGUCUUGGAGAACUCUGAUCGGCUGCUCGAGAAUGGCAGCACGAACGGUACUAACGGUACCAACGGCACCGCGAAAGGACAUAAGAAGUCCGUCCAGUUUCCACCAACCGAAGAGCUCGUCAAAAUGUCCCUCAAAUUCAUGCAAAACUUCAAAGACACUCCAAGGCGGCUCAAAUGGGCGGUGUUCGAUCAUAAGAAGAUGGAGAGCUUGAUCGUCAAAUUGACCGACUUCAACGACAAGAUGCACGAUGCCCUCGACAAGGCACAAAUGGACCUCCUUAUCGACAUGCAGACCCGUACGAAUGACCAAAUCGUUCUCCUCAACAGGACCAUGUCGCACAUGGUUCAGAUCUAUAGAUCUGAGCAGCUUGCAUUCCACCGACACUACUCCAUCAUGGAUGUCGAGGACUCCGAGUACGAUGAACUUUAUGGCGGUGUGGGACCUGUGACUCGCGAUGCCGCGCCACAAGCCCUCGCUGCACUGGCGCAGCAGAAUUACAUCCACCUUGCGAUCGAAGAGUCACAACUUGUUACGGAGGGGGAUGCAAAUGAGAUUGGGUUGCCACGCCUGGCAAAAGACACUGAACUCCUGUUCGAGGACGUGUAUCCCAAAACAGGGCGAUAUUUCCCCGCCGACAUUGAUGAAGGUCUCCGGACGGAAGCAGUCUACAACAACACUUCCGUCUGGAUCGAAUGGAAGAAUCCCGAUCCAUCGGGCCCGGCCCAGCACGACGGUGCGAUUGAUCCCAAGAUCCACGCGCGCGUCAAGAAACUAGCUACUUUACUCAACAAGAAUAACAGAACGGUCCGCUUUAGAGCGCCGUUCUGUCGCGGGUACUUCAUUGAUGAAGAUGAAGGACGCUUCGGCUUGGUGUUUGAGAAGCCUGCAUCAGUGCCUGCAGACACGGAGCCUACGUCUCUAUACUCGCUGAUCAAGGCUGCAAACGAGGAUGGCUCAAGCAUCGAAAUGCCCUCCCUCACAGACCGCAUCAAGCUCAUGAAACUUGUCUGCGAAACAGUUGAGCGCCUCCACGCCGUCGACUGGCUGCACAAGGGCCUGCGCUCCGCCAACAUCCUCCUGUUCCCCAAGAAAGAUGGCGAGAUAAACUAUAUCGAUCCGUACAUCUCAGGAUUCGACUACUCCCGCCCCGCCGCCAGCGACGACAUGACGGAGCGGCCUCUCGAGAAUCCUUCAGCGGAUAUCUACCGCCACCCCACCGUGCAGCACGAGGGCAACCGCGAGAAAACCUCCGGUCGCGAGAGCUACAAGAAAUCCUUCGACCUCUACUCGCUGGGCAUCGUGCUCCUCGAGAUUGCGUACUGGAAGACGAUUGAUCAGAUUCUCGACAUCAAUCUGGACAAUCCUCGAUUGAAACCAAAGGAUACGUGGGCGGUCAGAGAGCGGUUGUUGUUCACGCAGCAUGGGCAUUUGAAGUUUGUCAAGAGUUAUCUGGGAAACACGGUGGAGAAGGUGAUUAGGUCUUGCCUUGAGGGGCCUACUGCGUUUGGGCUGGAGGCGGAUUGUGAUGAGAAGAGGGAGGUGGUUGCUGCUGCGUUGCAGAGGGCGUUUGGCGAGAACGUUGUGAAGAAGUUGGCCUUUAUGCAGGGGUUGUAGAUUUUUGGCUGUUGUGUAGGCGUCUGGAGUCUUCUCUAUGUAAUUGUAACGCAGUUAUGACAUUCUCGGCGAUUGUUUGUUGGUCUUAAGACCUAGCAUUGUGCUAACAACAUCGAUCUUCCAUCCCUAGGUCCAUAAGUGAUUUUCAAUUAUGUAAAUCCUCAUGUCCGAUUGGGUGAAGAUUAGAUGGGCCCACUUGCAUUGCCCUGGAAGCGGUGUGGUAAAGGGAAUGAAACUUGUACCUAGAUAAUCAUCUUCACAAGUCAAAGUCCAAUCGUCGCGUGUGGUGUCACUGGGUAUUGAUGUCACCUAACCUAUCGAGAAAGACUUUCCAAUAUAUC